AGGCAUUUAAUAACACUAAAGUGGCUUACCAUGACUGCUAUGGAAUCGAAGCUAGAAAGGCACUUCAGUGUUGUGGCGACAAAAUGGAUCGAUUACUUUCAGUGGUAUUCACCGUUCUAUUGUCAAUGGGCUCUUACGCAUUAGAAAUUGAUCUGCUAAGUGCAAUUAAGGAAAACCCCGUCGCAUACCACGUAAGUCCCAUAAUGAGCCGAAAGGGCGAAUCCUUCACAAUGUCUAAUGCCCACAAAAUCGUUGCCUCACGAGAGGUAUUAGAAAGUACCAUCCUAAACAUAGAGUCGACAAAAGAAUUCUUCAUAUAUGCCGAUGUUCAAGUCCUUACGGGAACCAACGGCGCUCUUUUCUCGAUUGUUUACUUGCAAUCAAACAAAAAGAACUUUCUUCUGGAGGUGACGGUUCGAGGCUUAAGCGAGAAGAGAGCCAAAAUGACCUUCAGAUACAGGCUCACUAAUGGCUCUACUGACGCAGUGAGUUUUCGACAUGGCAUUUUUGGCUUAUACGAUGGAAAUUACCACAUGCUUGCGAUGCAUUUUUACGACUCAGGGCUCCAAACUACUAUGGUGGACUUGUAUAUAGACUGUAAAUUAGCGGGAAGGCAGCAAACAUUGACUCCUGUGUCGCUCAUAUUUUCGUACGAGGGAAUAAGACUGUCGCGGAUGGAGUUCAGAAUUGCGCAGAGGAUUCCAAGAGACGCCAAAAACGCAGCAGCUAAAAACACAGCAUCGCAAAGAUGGAAGGGUCGGAUGAGGGCUCUCAAAUUUAUCUUUAAACGUACCAUGAAGCAAGUUAAUUCAAAGUACUGUGCAGCAGCGAAACCACCUGUUCAACCAAUCGUCAGUGAAUUUAUCACGCAAACCAUGAUGUCUGAGAUACAAGGUCUCAUAAGGGACUUACGAUACGACUUCUCCGUUCAGGUCGCUGAAAUAAAAUACCUACGAAAAGUUGUGGAAAGUUGUCAGAUGUGUAGAGUACGAGAUUUCUGUAAAUUCAAGCCAUGCUUUCCCGGUGUGCCCUGCUUUAAUGACCCUUACAGUGAUCAGGGAUUCGAGUGUGGAGACUGUCCGCUUGGUAUGGAAGGGAAUGGAGUUAACUGCACCGAUAUUGAUGAGUGUCUUCUCCAUCCGUGUGCUGAUGUCAACGAAUGUGCCAACCGUAACCCUGGUUACUGGUGUCCCCCCUGUCCUAAAGGAUACAUUGGCAAAGAGAUCCAUGGUAUUGGAAGAAGGUUUGCACGACAAAACAAACAGGUCUGUGUGGAUGUGGAUGAGUGUAAAGAGGGAACAGCUCUUUGUUCGAUGCACUCUCAGUGCAUCAAUACUAUUGGUAGUUACCGAUGCGCUCCGUGCCCACCAGGCUACACUGGUGAUCCUUAUAUCUCGUGCAUUUUCCUGGAUUACUGUAACGGUGUUGACCCCAAAACCAACCCUUGCAGUUUGUAUGCUGAUUGUAUACCUGUGAGAGGUGGAAGAUCCUUCAAAUGUGAGUGCCACAUCCAUUAUGCUGGUAACGGAAUAGAAUGCGGUCAUGACAGAGAUCGCGAUGGCAUCCCAAACACCGCUCUGAAUUGCACGGGAGACGUUUGUCGAGCUGACAAUUGUCCAAUGAUUUCAAACAGAGAUCAAAGUGAUAUCGACAAUGAUGGCAGAGGAGAUGAAUGUGAUGAUGAUAUGGACGGUGAUGGUGUCAGAAACAGCUUAGAUAACUGCCUACGUAUUCCAAAUCCUACUCAAUUGAAUAGCGAUGGUGAUGUGUUGGGCGACGCCUGUGACAACUGUCGUUUCCAUAGCAACUCCUUACAAAGCGAUCUGGAUGACGAUGGUGAAGGAGAUGUAUGCGAUAAAGAUAUGGACGGUGAUGGUGUCUUCAACAGACAAGACAACUGUCCUAAAGUCUACAAUCCUCGCCAGGAAGAUGCAGAUAGAGACGAGAUUGGCGACAAGUGUGAUAACUGCCCUAAAAUCAAAAAUAAAUCACAGCGUGAUAUAGACGGAGAUUCCCUUGGUAAUGAAUGUGACCAAAACAUCGACAAAGACCAAGACGGCGUGGAUGAUUCUAUCGAUAACUGUCUUGGAAUACCUAACACAGACCAAGUUGAUAACGAUGGUGAUGGCAAAGGUGAUGUUUGUGAUGAUGAUGACGAUAAUGAUGGAAUUCCAGAUAUCAAUGACAACUGUCCUCUAGUGCCAAACACAAUGCAACGUGAUCUCAACGGUGAUGGUCGUGGUGAUACAUGUCAAAAUGACUAUGACGGAGACAAGAUCCCAGAUGAGCUUGACGUCUGCCCAUACAAUAAACACGUGAUUGCGACUGACUUUAAACGAUUGCAAAAGAUUUUGCUGAAUCCAUUUGAGUUGCCGAGGAGGGAUCCUGCUUGGAUCGUUGAUAAGAAGGGAACUACGGUCAGGGAAAUUAUCAACAGCGACCCCGGAGUUGCGGUCG